GGGAUUGAAAGUUUUUGUUUCCAUUAAAACAAUGGUUGUAGAUGGGAAUUGCAGAAAGACGGUGGCUGGAGUGUUGAGUCGUUUUCGUUGGAAAGUUACAAAAAAAGGUGCACAAAGUUUUGUGUGUUGAAGGUGAAAUUCCACGUGGGCAGACACAGUCGGUGGAGGCGAGAAUGCGUUCCGCGUUCGUAACGGAUUUUACCUCGAAUCUCGAGCUUUUUCAACUCACUCUCACACUCGCACACUUCCCCACUUCACUUCCAUUUCCAUUCCCGUCCAUUCAAUCUCGUGCACGCAUGCCUCAAAUUUUAAUUUCUCUCUCCGCACCAUGACCUCUCACGCGCCGCCAGAGGACGACGACACACCGCCUCGCCGCCGGUGAUUCCUCCGCCGACAUGCUUCAGGAGUCCAAAACCAUCCACCUCCGGCGCGCCGUCGCCGCCUCGUUCUUCUUCGCCACUGUUUCUCUCUCUUGCUUGGUCCUCCUCGGAGACGUUGAUUCGCACCGGUUCCUAUCCAGCUUCCAUUCCUCUUAUUCUCUGUCUGGCUUUACUCGCAUUUUUCCGUCCGUGUAUAACGAUCCCGUUGCGACUAGCAAUGAAUAUCCACUUGAAAAGAUCCUGAAUGAUGCUGCCAUGAAAGACAGAACUGUAAUCUUGACCACAUUAAAUGAAGCAUGGGCAACUCCAAAUUCAGUCAUCGAUCUUUUCCUUGAGAGCUUUAGAAUAGGAGAUCGUACCAGUACAUUUUUAAAUCAUUUGGUAAUUAUUGCAUUGGACCAAAAGGCAUUUGCACGCUGUCAGGUUAUACAUACCCAUUGCUUUUCUCUUGUUAGUGAAGAAGCCGACUUUCAUGAAGAAGCAUAUUUUAUGACUCCUCGCUACUUGAUGAUGAUGUGGAAAAGGAUUGAUUUCCUACGUACUGUUCUUGAGAUGGGGUACAAUUUUGUGUUUACAGAUGCUGAUAUCAUGUGGUUCAGGGACCCUUUUCCGCAGUUUGACCUUCAUGCAGAUUUCCAGAUAGCGUGUGAUCAUUUCACAGGUGGAUUUGAUGAUGUACAGAACAGACCCAACGGAGGGUUCAACUAUGUAAAAUCCAAUAAUAGGUCAAUAGAGUUUUACAAAUUCUGGUACUCUUCACGAGAAACCUAUCCUGGAUACCAUGAUCAAGAUGUCCUUAACUUCAUCAAGGUUCAUCCUUUCAUUACUGAUAUUGGACUCAAGAUGAGGUUUUUGGAUACAACUAAUUUUGGUGGUCUUUGUGAACCAAGUAGGGAUUUAAACCAAGUCUGUACGAUGCAUGCAAACUGUUGCUUGGGUAUGGAUAGCAAACUUCACGAUCUUAGAAUUAUGCUCCAGGAUUGGAAACAUUAUUUAUCCUUGCCACCAAGUUUGAAGAGGUUGUCAGUUGUUUCCUGGAGGGUUCCUCAGAAAUGCAGCAUUGAAUCUCUCUUGCACCCUAAUUCAACAGAAAAGAGUGUUGAAGAAUAAAAUAUUCAUUGCAUGAGCUACAUUUCUCUGUCUUAAAUGUGGAAGUUCAAUGGUGCUCUUGGAUGAAAGGUUUGGUUAAGGUUUGAACAGGAAUCAAUUUGGCUAAACCAACAUUUGAUGGAAGAUUCCUUCCUUGUAAAAGUACACUUAGGCAAUGUAAUAUGUAACACACUGUUCAAUUCGUUGAUUUUUUGUGUUUCUUAGUGCAAAUUUUCUGUGUGAUUUGCACAAUUUUGUGCAACAUUAUGUUCUAGUGGAACUAAUUUCCGAUCCUCAAAAGUCAACAUCCAUCAUGUCUUCCUCUCUUCCCUCAAUGAAGUACAAAAACGGAGAAUAGUUGAAAAUGGUGUUGAUGGCUGAUUCGAGUGCUACUUUCUGCUUUGAAUCAUUGCCCUGCUUCCCUUUCUUUGCUAACGCAAUUACUAAUUACUAAUUUUGCUGGUAGGGAGUAGGGACUUAUACCUGUCCAUGGAUUUGACCAAAGUGACUGCUUUUUUAAAUUCUGUAGCACUUCGGAGGGAUGGUAUGCAGACAGGGUCCUACAUGAAUGUGGUCAAGAGAACCAGCUAAAAAUGUUUUUCGGAGAAAUUUGUAUGGAUGAAGUUCGUAUUUUUUUGUUACCAUCGGUAUUUUCCUUCGGAAUGAUGUCGUAUUUUGAAUCGAGA